AUGGCGCCUUCUCCUGUCUUCCGUUUCACCAUCUUCUCCACUCUAGUCCUCACAGCAAUCAUUGUCUCGUCCUCGGGCACGGUAGCUGGUGGUGGCGACGUCUGGACGCCCAUGAGACCAGCCUGCAUAGGGUCCGUAGGGGAGUGCAUGAUGGGCGAAGACUUUAGCAUGGAUUCAGAGAGCAACAGGCGCAUACUAGCAACUACUAAAGGGUACAUAGGCUAUGACGCACUGAAGAAGAACACGGCUCCUUGCUCUCAUAAGGGUGCUUCGUAUUAUAACUGUCAACAAGGUGCUGAAGCUAACCCUUAUACCCGUGGCUGCACCGCCAUUACUCGCUGCAGGAGUUGA